AUGCACAACCUGAUGGGCAUAAUUCAACAGAUUCAGAAGGAGAUCAGAGGAGACAUGAAAAGGCUUAGGAAAGACAUUGAAGAAAAUUUCAAUACCACUCAGCAACAUUUUUCGAAUGUGUCGGAUAAAGUACGAUUCCAUACCAACAUUGAAAUUGACAGCAUGAAAAGUUUUGUUCAUGAGAAAGUCUUCUACAUAUCUGUGGUAUUUGUAAUGGUAUUGAUUAUGAUUGUUUUCCGAUGUUUUUGCAAGCGACCGUCAAAGAAUUUGCAGCAAGCACCGUUGAGAGACGACGCAAAGAAACUUUCAUAUUUUGAAAAUAAUGUUGCUGUUGUUAGUUUUUCGGAACACAAUGCAAACCUUCAUCUAAAGAUCGCAAAAUCUGUGACAGAAGAUUUCAAAUGCAAUCAAAUCAUUCUGGGUGGAGUGAGAAAUUUAUCUGGUCUACAAUUAACUUCAAAGGUUUGCUUCGUAUUUGUGGAUAAAAAUGAGAGGAAUAUCAUUCUGGAAACAGACAAUGAUGUCUCACAGACAAAGUCUGAUUUCGUCCAAUCUAUCAUCAAACAAGGUAACACACAAGUACUUGUUAUUUAUUGUCAACACGAGAAUUCCAAUAACCUGACGAGGCUUUGUUACCCUAACCUUGGAAACGUCCAAAACCACAAAACGCUCAGUCAGCUGAGAAAACAAAACUGUGUGCUCAGUAUCGAGUCAGAAUUCUCCGCCUAUCAGAAGGACUACCUCAGAAUUUUCCUUAACGAAACACUUACUUAAUUAAACUAAUAAUGACUAUCAAGCAGCUUCGACGUGCACAAAAGAUUCUUCGAAGCUGGGAGAGAUGACCGAGAUGAAUAUCUGAUAGUUAUCUAUUUAAAGAAAAAUAAUAUUAUAGUCUAUGGGUAGCUUUAAAAUCCUUACUUCAAUAGAGUUGUUUGUUUUGUUCCAUUAGUCUACACACAAAU